AUGAGAGUGUCAGUGUGCAUUGUGGUUGCUCUUUUUGGAUUAUUCCGGGACCAAAAUUACGUGAGCUCGUUAACGGUGGACGAUUCUCCCGUGGUGGACCGUUACGAGUUACCACCCGCCCUUGCCCGGAAACUGGAACGCUUUGCCACCAACGCCAACGUCGAGGAAGCGCUCGACUACAGCGAGGCCGUGUUCGAAAAGUCGAAACGGUUGGAAGGAACGAUCGCCGGUUCGCGGGUGAAGGUGGUCCGCGGCGGGACAACGUACGCGCAGAUCAUCGAUGGCCAUCCAACUCCCGACACCCAGCGGCAGGAUGUACUCGCCCGCAACGUCCUCCGUGCGUCCACGUUCUUUGUCAAUCGAUACUGCGCUCCGGCCGGCAUUCCCUCGUACGAAUGUGGCCUUUACCUUGGCGGGAUCAUCGUUCCCGAGGGGGCACCGAUCGGGCGCGAGUGUCGGAAUGUGGUCGAGACGAAGGAGUACAACGACGAGUACCGUCGGUUGCUUCCGGCGGCGUACGACGACGGUAUCUACGCGUUCCGGCGCAGCACGGCCGGUGGGGAGCUCCCGUUGGCCAGGGAAAUUUCCAGCAAGUUCCAUUCGCGCAGUGUAGACGCACGGGAUGCGACCCGGUCGGUCGCACUCGUCCAGUGGAGUCAGUUUAUCGAGCACGAUCUCGCCAAAACCACCGUUCAGACCAUGCACGACGGGGUGGACAUCGAGUGCUGUUCGACGGAGCACGGUCAGCUGCUGCCUCGCUACCGACAUCCGUCCUGCAAGCCACUGCAAGUCCCAGAGGACGAUCCGUACUAUCGCACGUACCGAGCGACGUGCCUUAACUACGUACGAAGUGCCCUUUCCGUCGGGGACGGUUGUCGGCUCGGUCCGGCUAACCAACUGAACCAGGCCACGGAUCGAUUGGACCUUUCCCAGCUGUACGGUAACCUCGCCAAUGACACGCAGUCCCUACGAACCGGCAAGGGCGGACGGCUGAAGUCACAUCUGUACGACUCGGUCGAGUAUCUAACGGAAGCGGCCAGCGGAAAUUUGUGCGUGGCCGACUCAACCCUCGAAACCAUCUGCUACGAGUCUGGGGACACACGCGUCAAUGUGAACCCUUACAUUACGCUCAUGCACACGCUGUUCCUACGUUCGCACAACCGGUUGGCCAAACACUUGGCACUGUUAAAACCGGCUUGGAGCGAUGACCAGCUUUUUACGGUGGCCCGUCGGAUUAACACACGCAUCUACCAGCGGAUCGUCCAGGAGUGGCUGAGCGUGGUCACGGGCGAGCGGACACGACCAACUGAGGACAUUCCGGUCGAGCGGGACGACCGUGUGAGUAACGAGUUUGCGACGGUCGCCAUCCGAUUCUACAACACGAUGAUGCCGGGUGAGAUCACCAGCGCGGUCAGUUCGUACGACCUGGAGAAGCUCUUCUAUCGGCCGAAAGAUCUUCGAAAGCGUGAAUACUUUGCCCAUCUGGUGGGUAGUGUGCUUGGACAGAGCGCAAUGUCCCUCGACACGGCGUACGUGGACGAUGUGGCACAUCUUCUGUUCGGCUCACGGAACGUCGGUCUGGACGUGCUCGCCCUAGACAUCCAGCGAGGGCGUGACCAUGGGUUGGCCCGGUACACCGACUACUACACGCUGUGCAAUGGCAAACCGGUGGCCGGGUGGGCCGAUCUCGAGCAGGUCCUCCGACCGGACGAUUUGGCAACGAUACGCGCAUCGUACGCAACCGUGCACGAUGUGGAUCUGAUCGUCGGAGCGAUCUCCGAGCGGCCCCGUGCCGGCGCCACCGUUGGUCCCACUCUCUCCUGUCUGAUUCGCGAACAGCUGGACAAUUCUCUACAGGCGGACAGCGUGCCCACUGCGCUGUUGAACGAAAGUCGACUAGAAGCCCUGCUGGACGGAUACAGUGCGGCCCGGUUCAUGUGUGAUACGGCGCAGCUGGAGCGGGUCCAGCGAGACGUGUUCCGUGUGCCGGCGGUCGAUAACCCGCAGUUACAGUGUGCUCAGCUUCCAGCGCUCGAUCUUGCUCAACUUGUUUGAGUGUGCACACUCGGCGUGUACUGAAUAGGUGAUUAAUCGAAGGAGAAAGGUCAAGCGACGCAAACACCGGCCCGACACCGGCCAUGGCGACAUUCGCCCGGAAGUGGUGGGCCACGCUGGGGAUCGAUUUAUUAUCGCUUCAUUUGCGUACACCUCGUAGUUUUGCUGAGCUGUGAACAAAGUAGGCGCAAUUGGAGGUGGCAGGGGCUGCAAACCCACGGCCUCCUAAGUUUCUCUCUUCACCGUUACAUCUCUCUAAGAUUAAGGGCCGGGCUAAGUUUAAGUGCCAUCCCGCGUGCAAGCAUUCCGCUAGUAAUAAAUAUAAGCAUCCAGUAAAUAUGUAAAUGAAGUUAAACAGCCUGUGAAAAUGACUAUUUUUAAGGAAUGCGCUCUUGGCGCAUUUUGCUGCGCGUUGUGAAAAUAAACAUGUCCGCUGUACACA